ACGCGGGACUGGCCUCACUUCCGGGGGAGGAGGGAGCUGCGCGGGGAGGGGCCGGCCUCGGCGCCGCCGCACGCCUCUGUGUCGUACUGCCCGGCGCCCCGCCCCACAUGUGCGCCCACGCCGCGCCGCGUCGCGACCUGUGACGUCAGGGGGCGCGUCCCGUCUUCGUCUCCAGCCGCGGGCGAGGGAAGGGGGCGUCGGGGGUGAGGGAGCCGAGGGGCCCCCGCGUGGGGCUGGCCCUGGCCCCCUCCCCGCGCAGCGCGCUCUCGCUGCCGACGCCACCGGCUGCCCCCCGGGAUGCCGGGCGUCUCAGCGCGCGGCCUCUCUCUGGAGCAGAGGAGGCAGCUGGCUGUGAACCUCACCCGUGUGCUGGCGCGCUACCGCUCCAUCCUGGACGCCUACAUCAUCUCCAAAAUAAAACGCGUGGACGAUUGAGCGGUGCCGCGGCUACGUUGAUCUCUGCUGGGAACAUGCGAGGUGUUCCGGAAUUCACCCAAGCUUUGACUACAUCCUUGGCUCAGCAAUGAAUUCUUUACAGACAACCUGUGGGGCACACUCCCUGGUUCAUGGCAGGAAGCGCUGGAUGGACUGAACCCGCCACAGCUGGCCACACAGCUGCUGGGGAUGCCCGGGGAAGGGGAAGUGGUCAGGUACAGGUCGGUGUGGCCACUCACCCUGCUGGCCCUGAAGUCCACAGCCUAUGCCCUGGCCUUUACCCGGACACCUGGGUUUCAGACCCCCUCAGAGUUCCUGGAGAACCCCAGCCAGAGCUCCCGCCUAACAGCUCCGUUCCGGAAACACGUCAGGCCCAAGAAGCAGCACGAGAUCCGGAGGCUGGGAGAGUUGGUGAAGAAGCUGAGUGACCUCACAGGCUGCACCCAGGUUGUGGAUAUAGGUUCAGGCCAGGGCCAUCUCUCCCGAUUCAUGUCCCUGGGGCUGGGGCUGAUGGUGAAGAGCAUUGAAGGGGAUCAGAGACUGGUGGAGAGAGCCCAGCGUCUGGACCAGGAGCUCCUGCAGGCUCUGGAAAAAGAGGAGAAGAGGCACCCACAGGUGGUCCACGCCGGCCCUCGCCACUCCCCCCACCACGUGGUUCGGUGGGUAGAGCCCACGGCCCUGUGCGAGGAGCUUCUGCUUCCCCUGGAGACCUUGCCUCGGAGCGGGGCCCGCUUGCUGCUGACAGGCCUCCACGCCUGCGGGGACCUGAGUGUCACCUUGCUCAGGCACUUCUCCCGCCCUGAGGUGGUGGCACUGGCCUCAGUGGGCUGCUGCUACAUGAAGUUGAGUGACCCCGGUGGCUACCCACUGAGUCAGUGGGUGGCGGGGCUGCCCAGCUGCGAGCUGCCCUACCGGCUGCGGGAGGGGGCCUGCCACGCCCUGGAGGAGUAUGCUGAGCGGCUGCAGAAAGCGGGCCCUGCUCUCCGCACCCACUGCUACCGGGCAGCGCUGGAGACCGUCAUCCGGGGGGCCCGGCCCGAGCUUCGGCGGCCUGGCGUGCAGGGGAUCCCCAGGGUCCACGAGCUCAAGAUUGAAGAGUAUGUGCAGCGGGGGCUCCAGCGUGUGGGGCUGGAUCCCCAGCUACCGCUGAAUCUGGCUGCCCUUCGGGCCCACCAGGCCCAGGAGAACCGAGUGGUGGCCUUCUUCAGCCUGGCACUGCUUCUGGCUCCACUAGUGGAGACGCUGAUUCUGCUGGACCGGCUGCUUUACCUUCAGGAGCAGGGCUUCCAUGCUGAGCUCCUGCCCAUCUUCAGUCCUGAGCUCUCUCCCAGAAACCUGGUUCUGGUGGCUACAAAGAGGCCCCUGGGUGAAGCCUUCUCUCUUCUGGAGACUGAAGACAACUGACAAACCCCAUCUGAGACCACCCAGGCACCACUCACCCAGAGAACCAGCAUCCUCUAUCCCUGGAACCCUGCUUUCUCCAUGUGUUAACGUAAUAGCAUGUCAAAAUUUAUUUUUAAUUUAUUGAA